UGGUAGUUAGCUCACUCCACCAUACUCACUCACCUUCGCCCGGUAGACGUUGUCUUUGGUUGAGCACCGACCACUGCAAUGUCCGGGAAACGUGACAGCAGUGAAGAAAACGCAGGGAGGACAAGAUAUAGGAUGAAAUGGACUAAUCAGACCUAUGCAGGCACCGGCAUUGUCCUGGUGUGCAUGCUCUCCGUGGUGUUGGUCGUAUAUGCUGUGGGAGAAUUUCCAGCUUCACCAAGCCGCGAUAGCAAGGCGCAAGCCGUCUCGUCAACGGACGCAGCGAAGGCCUCUACAGCCUCUUCAGCUGACAACGGUCCUUCAACCGUUUCUACUGGUCGGACUCCUGUUACUAAACGCUCACCAGCUGCUGCAGCGCGGCUGGCGCUCGCAGCUUCACCAAGCCGCGACAGCAAGGCGCAAGCCGUCUCGUCAACGGACGCAGCGAAGGCCUCUACAGCCUCUUCAGCUGACAACGAUCCUUCAACCGUUUCUACUGGUCGGACUCCUGUUACUAAACGCUCACCAACUGCUGCAGCGCGGCUGGCCCUCGCAGCUCGGGACAAGCGCAAGCACCCUUUUUUCUGUGCUGCCGGGAAUUACGCCUCCAGUCCUCGACUAUACCCCAGGGACGGUUUAUGUGACGUCAUCUUCUACACGCACGUGUACAUCCUGGAAGAAGUAAACAGCCCCACAAACCCUGCCAGCUACGAGAUUUUCCUAAACAUGGCCCAGAACGCUCAAAAGACGGAAUAUGGACUUUCUUUCCAUGCAAAAUAUCUAGCGUUGACCAUGAAGGACUUCGCUGACGUGGGCAAGGAUUUGCUGCUCCGGUCGCUGUACGGGCUAGGGAUUCGCCACCACGGUAUUCUCAACUUCGACGGGCUUCAUGACGAGAGGGAGGACCUUCUCCCGAAUGUCACAAGCCUCCUUAAGAUCCUGAAAACCCUGCAGACGGCCGAGAACAAGAACUACGCGAAGAAUCCAAACUUUCUCGUUCUUGGCACCAAGAUUGUGUCUCAAAACACCUUCGUGGUGUUCAACGAUUACCGUUUAUUCCCUGCUGACUUAACCAAAUAUCAGGGUUUGGCAAUUAACGUGCUGCUCGUCAACACUGCGAUGAACACGUGGCCUACAAGUCUCCGCAUCUCUAACCCUUGGUGCUACAAUGAUCCACCGACUGUCUGGCAGUCCUCGACGCCACGAAAACAAUCUCCGCAAUUUUACUCUACCGUACUGCAUAUGAAGGCGGCAAAUAUCAGUAAAUCCAUGAUCGUCCUCUUCGGCUUCACGAUGAUUGUCAAGCUUUAUACCAUGCCAGCGAUGCCGACAGAAAAGCAUGCCUUCAACCUCGAGUGCAAAACUUACUCUGUUGUCCCUUACAGCCAGAUAUGCGAUCCCGACGUAAAAGCCGAGACGGACAAGGCGACCAAGACAAAGGACGAGAUAGCUUUCGCCUCUGCGCAUCCAAAACUUCCGUACUAUUUCACCUGGGAUACGGGCGCGACUAUCACGGAAAAGAUGCGGAAGGUAUUAGAGGAACUGAAAAAUGAACCCGUCAAAAAUUUCGGUUUCAUCAUGUUCGACGUCGAGUAUGAAGAACCGGUGGCAAACUGUAGUAAACACGAGUCAACAGAAGAUCAUCCCCGGAUAUCUAUCGCCAGGGAGUUCGUGGAUACAUUGUAGUGCAGUAAACCGUCGUGGAAACAGGCUCUCCUUACAACUUCACUUCGUUUAACUUCUCAGGCAGACUUGUACGUACCUUGAGUACGUACCCAAAAUACAGUAUUUUAAAUACUUUUUCCAGUA